AUGCAAUCCCCAGCAAGCAGCAUCCAAUCUCCCCGCCCGCAAGGCUGGCAAGCCCAACAGAAUCAGCAACCGGGCGCUUUCGAAAAGGAGCUGAUGGCCUCACUCCACGUUCUUCUCAACCAGCUUGGAGAAGUCGAGCGACAAGGCCUCGUCAUGUUCCACAAGAUUGAAGAGUCCUUCAAACAUCCAUACACCCAACAAGAAGCAAUCGGCUUUGGCGCACUCACCCACCUCCCAACCUCCCAAACCGUCGCCUCAACCCCCACUCCUUCCGCAUCCGCAAUCCCAACAACCACCACCACCACCCCCGGUCCCUCCGGAUCAGGAGCAGGAGGUACCCCAAAACCCAUGUUCCUCUCCCCGAGGAUGCAAAAUCAUAUCCACAAUAACCAGCAUAACAAUACCCCUAAUAAUGCAGUUGGAAAUAAUAAUGCAGGAGGAACGGGUGUAGGAGCAGCAAAUGCUGAUACACAAAUGAUGUCUCCGACUCCAGUAAGCGUUGUAGGAACCCCCACCGGUACCGGCGCAGGUGCGAACGCACAAGGAGGUGUCGUCGUCGUCGGGUCGCCAUCCCCCUUCCCUACGUCAGAUAUCCUCAUGUCUGCCACAACCCCAAUUGCCGACCCCAACCACCCUCCUCCUCCACCUACAACAGGUACAGGAACGACUGGAGCGACACCAGCGACGCCCUCGGCAUGGUCUUCGAACCCAAGUGCGGCUCUGGCCCAGAUGCUUGAUUCUCGCCAGAAGGAUGUUCAGGCACUUUCGACCGAGAAGCGGAAAUUGAAGACGAAUUUCAAGGUUGCUGCUCAGAUGAUCAAGAUCUAA